GAGAGAGACAGGAACAAGAUGGCCGACAGGAUCAUAAACCUCACCCUACAGAUACUCUUCCGGCUUACUGGAGAGGAUUACACAGUAGUGAAGAAGUCCUCUAGUGGGCGCUGUCGGGCCCCUGUGUGUGAAGGAUGGGGAAGAACCCUGAGCCCAAUCCUGGGGACCCCACCUCACUCCCUGAUACAUGAGGAAAUGGAUGAACAGAAGAUCCUAGAACUCAUCAACAAGAUGAUGGAGCUGCUGACUGGAGAGGUUCCUAUAAGGUGUCAGGACGUGGCGGUCUAUUUCUCCAUGGAGGAGUGGGAGUAUGUAGAAGGACACAAGGAUCAGUACAAGGAUCAGGUCAUGAUGGAGGAUCAGCAGCUCCUCACUUCACCAGUCAGAUCCAGUAAGAGAACAGCACCAGUGAGGUGUCCCCGUCCUCUUCUUCCACAGGAUGAUCAGGGUGAAGAUCUGAACAAUUUUAAUGCUCCAGAGACAGAUAUGAGCGGUGAUGAGCAGUAUAAGGAGGACAUUCCUACAGAGAAAGAUCUGUUCUAUAUUAAUGUUACAGACAUAAAGGAAGAAGAAGAAGAGACAGAUGUGAGCAGUGAUGAGCAGUAUAAGGAGGACAUUUCUACAGAGAAAGAUCUGAUCUAUAUUAAUGCUACAGACAUAAAGGAAGAAGAAGAGACAGAUGUGAGCAGUGAUGAGCAGUAUAUGGAGGAAAUUCCUACAGGGAAAAAUCUGAUCUAUGUUAAUGCUACAGACAUAAAGGAAGAAGAAGAAACAGAUUUGAGCAGUGAUGAGCAGUAUGAGAAGGACAUUUCUACAAGUAACCGCCCAGAUUCUUGUACCAGGAGAUCAGAGGAGAAUCUUAUAUCUUCAGAUUAUAAAGCAGAUGAUGAUAUCACACAAGAUACAUAUGAAGAACAUUCCAUUAUCCCAGAUACACCCUCAGCCCUUCACAGCCAAGAUCUGUCAUCUCAUCCUUAUAUACAGGUCCUGUCUUCUCAGUCAUCACAGGAUGUUCAGCAAAAUAAAGGUCACAGAAGGAAUGAUGGACAUCAAAGAGAUCACACAGGAGAGAAACCAUAUUCAUGCUCAGAAUGUGGGAAAUGUUUUACUAAGAAUUCACAUCUUGUAGUACAUCAGAGAACUCACACAGGAGAGAAGCCAUUUUCAUGUUUAGAAUGUAGAAAGUGUUUUAUUGAUAAAUCAAGUCUUCUUAGACAUCAAAGAACUCACACAGGGGAGAAGCCAUUUUCAUGUUUUCAAUGUGGGAAAUGUUUUACUUGGAAAUCAAGUCUUGUUCAACAUACAAGAACUCAUACAGGGGAGAAGCCAUUUUCAUGUUCAGAAUGUGGAAAAUGUUUUACUGACAAAUCAAGUCUUGUUCAACAUCAAAGAAUUCACACAGGGGAGAAGCCAUUUUCAUGUUCAGAAUGUCGGAAAUGUUUUGCUUCGAAAUCAGAUGUUAAUCGACAUCAAAGAACUCACACAGCGGAGAAACCAUUUUCAUGUUCAGAAUGUGGGAAAUGUUUUCCUGGGAAAACAAAUCUUUUUAAACAUGAAAGAACUCACAGGACGGAGAAGCUAUUUUCAUGUUCAGAAUGUGAGAAAUGUUUUACUAAUAAAUCAGGUCUUGUUGUACAUCAAAAAACUCACACAGGGGCAAAGACAUUUUCAUGUCCAGAAUGUGGGAAAUAUUUUCCUUUUAAAUCAGAUGUUACUCGACAUCAAAGAACUCACACAGGGGAGAGACCAUAUUCAUGUUCAGAAUGUAGAAAGUGUUUUCCUGACAAAUCAAGUCUUCUUAGACAUCAAAGAGCUCACACAGGGGAGAAGCCAUUUUCAUGUUUUCAAUGUGGGAAAUGUUUUACUUGGAAAUCAAGUCUUGUUCAACAUACAAGAACUCACACAGGGGAGAAGCCAUUUUCAUGUUCAGAAUGUGGAAAAUGUUUUACUGACAAAUCAAGUCUUGUUCAACAUCAAAGAAUUCACACAGGGGAGAAGCCAUUUUCAUGUUCAGAAUGUCGGAAAUGUUUUGCUUCGAAAUCAGAUGUUAAUCGACAUCAAAGAACUCACAGAGGAGAGAAGCCAUUUUCAUGCUCAGAAUGUGGGAAAUGUUUUACUUCUAAUUCAGGUCUUGUUCAACAUCAAAGAACUCACACAGAAGAGAAGCCGUUUUCAUGUUCAGAAUGUGGAAAGUGUUUUACCCAUAAAUCAAAUCUUGUUAGACAUAAGAGAAGUCACACAGGAGAGAAGCCAUUUUCAUGUCCAGAAUGUGAAAAAUAUUUUAUUUCUAAAACGUGGCUUGUUCAGCAUCAGAGAACUCACACUGGGGAGAAACUGUUUUCUUGUUCAGAAUGUGGGAAAUGUUUUACUAAGAAAUCAAAUCUUGUUCAACAUGAAAUAACACACACACGGGAGAAGCCAUUUUCAUGUGCAGAGUGUGGGAAAUGUUUUACUCGGAAAACAGACCUUUUUAGACAUCAAAUAACUCACACAGGAGAGAAACCAUUUUCAUGCUCAGAAUGUGGGAAAUGUUUUUAUCAGAAAUCAGCUCUUGUUCAUCAUCAAAGAACUCACACAGGGGAGAAGCCAUUUUCAUGUUUUACUCAGAAAUCAGAUCUUGUUAAACAUAAAAGAACUUACAUGGUAGAGAAGCCAUUUUCAUGUGCAGAAUGUGGGAAAUGUUUUACUAAGAAAUCAGGUCUUGUUGUACAUAAAAAAACUCACACAGGGGAGAAGCCAUUUUCAUGCUCAGAAUGUGGGAAAUGUUUUACUUUUAAAUCACUUCUUCUUUUACAUCAAAGAACUCACACAGGAGAGAAGCCAUUUGCAUGUUCACAAUGUGGAAAAUGUUUCACUCAGAAAUCGCAUCUUGCUGGGCAUCAAAGAACUCACACAGAAGAGAAGCCAUUUUCAUGUUCAGAAUGUGGAAAAUAUUUUACUUCUAAAAUGUGGCUUGUACAGCAUCAGAGAAUUCACACAGGGGAGAAACUGUUUUCAUGUUCAGAAUGUGGGAAAUGUUUUACUUCUAAAUCACAUCUUGUUGAACAUCAGAGAACUCACACAGGUGAGAAGCCAUUUCCAUGUUCAGAAUGUGGAAAAUGUUUUAGUAAGAAAUCAAAUCUUGUUCAACAUGAAAAAACUCACACAGGAGAGAAACCAUUUUCAUGCUCAGAAUGUGGGAAAUGCUUUAAUCGGAAAUCAGAUCUUGUUAAUCAUCAAAGAACUCACACAGGGGAAAAGCCAUUUUCAUGUGCAGAAUGUGGGAAAUGUUUUACUCAGAAAUCAGAUCUUGUUAAACAUCAAAGAACUCACACAGGGGAGAAGCCCUUUUCAUGUGCAAAAUGUGGGAAAUGUUUUACUGAUAAAUCAAGUCUUAUUCAACAUCAAAGAACUCACACAUGGGAGAAGUUCAGAAUGUAGAAAAUGUUUUACUCAGCAAUCACAUCUUGUUCAACAUCAAAUAACUCACACAGGAGAGAAGCCAAUUCAGAGCAAUAAAUGAUGCAGAUAACACAUCUUUAUAUUAACCAUGUACAUAGAAUAGUUGACACAUACAUACUUAUAUAUAUUUAUACAAUAUAUGCUUUGUCUCCAAACUUGUUAUCAAUUUUUAAGAAGUUCUCUAUAUUAUAUUAUUUAUUAUUCUUAUAUUCAUCUCCGCACACUGGACUUAUAAUAAAUGUAAUAUUGUGCUGUUACACAGUUAAUAUUCUCAUUAAUGUAGAUGCAAUUUACAUAGUUUAUUCUGUGAUUUAUUUACUCUAUGGGUAGGUAUUUGCUGCCACCUUCUGGCCUAUUUUGGUAAUGCUCUUGUUCCUCCUGUGAGCAUGAUUCAUCAUUUCCUUGUAUGUAAACUCCGCCCCUGCUCUUCCUGUACUUCCUGUGUCAUGGCUGCUUGCAUUUGCCUCAUGUAACAGGGACUCUUGUACUCCACAUGAUAAGCUAAGGAAAGCAUCAUCUUUUGACCGCAUAAUACUGAAAUCUAUUCAUUCUGCUGUAUUCCUGUUUUGUGAUGUUCAGAAUAAACCAGUUUUUGGAUGGAACCAGUAUUGGCGAGUUCAGCUAUCUGAGGAGGAUUGUCCGCAGUGUAUCUGCUUAUACAGGCCGGGCACAGAGGUCUCACAAGGGUUAGAUCACUAUCACAACAAUCCCAGAAUAGUCAAAAGAUGCAUAGAAUUCCUGCAGCCGCUGUGUAUAUGUGAGAACCUUAUCUACAAUGCAGCUCAGUCCCAUCCCCCAUCUUGUGAAGCACAUGGUGGCUGAAGCUCACUGCACGUCAUAUGAUCUGUUCUAACUGCACUUCAUGUGAACAUUGAAGCUGUUUCUCUACACUGAACUGUGUUACCUGUCUAAGCUGUCGUCUAAGCUGCUGUGUGGUUUCUUUAAGAGACAGUACCAUUUUUUGCAAAACAAUAUAAAAUGUCUAGCCAAGGCUCUGAACACUCUUUUAUGGCAGAAACAACACAGAUACAUCAUGCCUCUGAACCAGAAGGUGCACAGGGAACAGAUCCGGCCGAUUUUACAGAACAAAGUGUAAAAGCCAAACGUAUAAUAAAACCGACACAGAAACUCAGGGAAAACUAUGAAGCCACUAGAGAUGAGUUCUCCAGUAAUCUGUCAGACCUCUGGGACAGAACCUCACACUGCAUGUCAGUUUUGGCAAACUUUACUGAUCAACCGGCUGAAUUAAGAGACUCUGUAAAUCGCCUAUGUGCCGCAUAUGAACGCUACAAGUGGUUGUCUGUAAAAUACUCAGCCUUCUUGCAGGACUCUAAUAUAGAGGAUUCUUCAGCAGAACUGACCAGGACCAAUGCACUAAACCAACAAAGGGAUCUUGAAGUGCAAAAUGCUAAGCUUAAGGCAGAACUCCGCAUUACUCAUCUGCUGGAGA